AUGUCACAAGGUUCGAGAUUACUAGCUUUUCAAUUCAUUCCAAAUUACAAUAUCAAACAAAAAUCAAAAAAAAUACCAAAGCGUUGCUUGAAAACAAUUGUUCAAUCUUUUUUGGAAGACGACAAGUAUAGCAGAUUGUGCGCAGGUAAAAAAGAAUUUGUAACAAGAAAAAAAAUUAGAAAGCAGAAACGCUACCGAUUAGAUACGUUAAAAAACCUCCACAAAGAGUUUUUAAAGUUGGGAAACGUUAUUAUCAGCUACUCUAUGUUUGCCAGAUUAACACCAUUUUGGAUAGUUUCCCCAAAGGUUACAGACAGAGAUACGUGCAUGUGUACCGUGCAUAGCAAUAUCCAGUUGCUUGUUACUGCUCUAAACCGUUCGAAAAUUCUGAAAGUCUCCAGCUACCAAAAUUUAUUAAACUCCAUCUGUUGUGACCGGCAUAGGGAAUCAUGCGUCGAAAGAACAUGUGAAAUCUGCUCUGGAAAAUCUAUCCCUUUUCAUGAAGAGUUUGAUGACAUGUUGUUAAUCCCAUACAAACAAUGGACAUCUUCCAAAGAAAAAUUUAUUGAUUUGAGAACGAAAAAAGAAAAAAUUGUAGUCAAACAGAAGCAGAAAGGUUUCGAAAUAUGUGCUAGAGAACUCGUCACGAAAUUAGAGAAUGAUUUGGGCAAAAUCUUGAACCACGAGAGAAAUAUUUUGCACCAAUAUCAGUGCAUAAAAAUGAAAAAAGAAUCUCUUACUGAAAAAGAAGUCAUGAUUCACAUGGACUUUUCAGAAAAUUACUGCACCAAAUAUGGUGAAGAAAUUCAGUCUUUCCAUUUUGGAGGAUCUCGUACACAGUUGUCAUUGCACACGGUUGUUGUAUACUUGAAAGGAUCGACUAAAUCUUAUUGCACCGUUUCAUCAAACUUAUUUCAUAAUGUGCCGGCUAUUUGGGCUCACUUAAAACCAGUUUUGCAGCAAUUGCCAGCAGAUAUUGAAAAUAUUCAUUUUUUAAGUGAUGGACCUGUGACACAAUAUAGAAACAAGCUCAUGUUUUACAUUCUGGCUUCCAAAAUUUCUGAUUUCUGCCCUGAAAUUAAGGAGUUGGACGUGGAACUACCAUGA